AUGGCGAUUUUGAGGAUGGCUGCCGCAGGGCUGUUAGGCCUUGCGUCCUCCGCGUGGGCUGCGACCGUCACGGUGGACCUCCAGCCGUGUAUCCUGGCCCCCAGCACAAUUACCCAGGACAAUGGAGACACGCCAGACGCCUACGUGACGUCUACCUUCUACCAGGGCUACUGGGGGGCAACUCAGCUGACCUCGACGGGGACGAGCGACCUCACCAACUCGGGCACCUCCGGUAAGUGCAACGUCGUCUACGUCGGCAUCCCGGUCACCGAGGCGCAGAAGCUCGAGCUGCAGGACUACUCGCGGACCUUCAAGGUGCGCAUCGUGUACUUCAACGCCGCCGAGACCGCCAACGACCCGGAGGUUAACUCUCGCCUCGGCAUCUCGCAGGACUUCUCGGAGCCCCUCAUCUCCGCCCCUUUCAUCGCCCUCGCCAGUGAGUCCAGAAAACAUGCUGCGGGUCAUCCACUGCUUUUGUAG